AUGUGGAAGAUGCGGACGCUGCUGGGUCUCCUGAAAGGCUGCUACUGCUGCUGCUGCUUCGUCCUGCUGCUGCCGCCGCCGCUGUGGGUCAGCCUGGCGGCGGCCAAGCAGCUGCUCCGCUACCGGCUGGCCGAGGAAGGGCCGGCCGACAUCCGCAUCGGCAACGUGGCGUCGGACCUGGGCAUCGUGACCGGCUCGGGCGACGUGACGUUCAGCCUGGAGUCCGGCUCGGACUACCUGAAGAUCGACAACAUGACGGGCGAGCUGAGCACCACCGAGCGGCGCAUCGACCGCGAGAAGCUGCCGCAGUGCCAGAUGAUCUUCGACGAGAACGAGUGCUUCUUGGACUUCGAGGUGUCGGUCAUCGGGCCCUCGCAGAGCUGGGUGGACCUCUUCGAGGGCCGGGUCAUCAUCCUGGACAUCAACGACAACACGCCCACCUUCCCCUCGCCCGUGCUGACCCUCACCGUCGAGGAGAACCGCCCGGUGGGCACGCUCUACCUGCUGCCCACCGCCACCGACAGGGACUUCGGCCGCAACGGCAUCGAGCGCUACGAGCUGCUGCAGGAGCCCGGCGGCGGCGGCGGCGGCGGGGGCGACCGUCGGGGCGGCGGGGGCGCGGGCUCGGCGUCCGCCUCCGCCGCCUCGGACGGCGCCCUCUACCCCGGGGGUAGCAAGCGGCGGCAGGAGGGCGAGGGCGCGGCCCGGAGCAGCGUCUUCGAGCUGCAGGUGGCCGACACCCCCGACGGGGAGAAGCAGCCGCAGCUGAUCGUCAAGGGGGCGCUGGACCGCGAGCAGCGGGACUCGUACGAGCUGAGCCUGCGGGUGCGCGACGGCGGGGACCCGGCGCGCUCCUCGCAGGCCAUCCUGCGGGUGCUGAUCACCGACGUGAACGACAACAGCCCCCGCUUCGAGAAGAGCGUCUACGAGGCCGACCUGGCCGAGAACAGCAGCCCCGGCACGCCCAUCCUGCAGCUGCGGGCCGCCGACGCCGACGUGGGGGUGAACGGGCAGAUCGAGUACGUCUUCGGGGCGGCCACGGAGUCGGUGCGGCGCCUGCUGCGCCUCGACGAGGCGUCCGGCUGGCUCAGCGUGCUGCACCGCAUCGACCGCGAGGAGGUGAACCAGCUGCGCUUCAGCGUGGCGGCCCGCGACCGCGGCCAGCCGCCCAAGACCGACAAGGCCACGGUGGUGCUCAACAUCCGCGACGAGAACGACAACGUGCCCGCCAUCGACAUCCGCAAGAUCGGGCGCAUCCCGCUGCGCGACGGGGUGGCCAGCGUGGCCGAGGACGUGCUGGUGGACACCCCCGUGGCGCUGGUGCAGGUCUCCGACCGCGACCAGGGCGAGAACGGCGUGGUGACCUGCACCGUGGUGGGCGACGUGCCCUUCCAGCUCAAGCCGGCCAGCGAGGGCGAGGGCGAGGCGCAGAACAAGCGCAAGUACUUCCUGCACACCUCGGCGCCGCUGGACUACGAGGCGGUGCGCGACUACAGCGUGGUCAUCGUGGCCGUCGACUCGGGCAGCCCCAGCCUGUCGAGCAACAACUCGCUGCUGGUGCGCGUCGCCGACGCCAACGACAACCCGCCCGUCUUCGCGCAGGCCGCGCUGGAGGUCUCCUUCCCCGAGAACAACGCCCCGGGCGAGCGGGUGGCCACCCUGCUGGCCACCGACGCCGACAGCGGCCGCAACGCCGAGCUGGCCUACUCGCUCGAGGGGGCGCCCCUCUCCGACGACGCCCCCGCGGGGCUCUUCACCAUCGACCCGGACUCGGGCGACGUGCGCGUCCAGGCCGCGCUGGACCGCGAGCAGCGGGACACCUACCGGUUCCAGGUGACGGCCCGCGACAAGGGCGCGCCGUCCCUGCAGGGCUCGGCCACCGUGCUGGUGCGGGUGGCCGACCGCAACGACAACGAGCCGCGCUUCAUGCAGGACCUCUUCACCUUCUACGUCAAGGAGAACCUGCCGCCCAACAGCCCCGUGGGCAUGGUCACCGUCAUGGACGCCGACCGGGGCCGCAACGCCGAGCUGAGCCUGUCCAUCCAGGCGGGCGAGCGCGGCGCGGGGGCGCCGUCCGUCUUCUCCAUCGAGAACGCCACCGGCACCAUCUUCAGCACCGUCUCCUUCGACCGCGAGCUGCAGACCAGCUACACCUUCAGGGUCAAGGCGGUGGACGGCGGCGAGCCGCCCCGCUCGGCCACCGCCACCGUGUCCCUCUUCGUCAUGGACGAGAACGACAACGCGCCGGCCGUGGCCGCGCCGUCCAACAGCUCCUACACCGUCCUGCCGCCCUCCAGCCACCCGCGCACCGUGGUGGCCGCCCUGCAGGCCCGCGACGCCGACGCCGGCCCCAACGCCGAGCUGAGCUACCGCCUGGUGGGCGGCAACCCCUUCCGCCUCUUCGAGGUGGACCCGUCGAGCGGCGUGGUGUCGCUGGUGGGCAAGCUGGCCGCCCGCCACCACGGCCUGCACCGCCUGGUGGUGCAGGUCAACGACAGCGGCCAGCCGCCCCAGUCCACCACCGCCCUGCUCCACGUCUUCGUCAACGAGAGCCUGGCCAACGCCUCGGCCGUCGAGGGGCAGGUGGCGCGCAGCCUGCAGGCGCCGCUGGGCCGCGACAUCGCCGGCGACCCGGGCUACGAGCUGGGCAAGCAGCGGCUCAGCAUCGUGGUGGGCGUGGUGGCCGGCGUGGUGGCCGUGGUGCUGCUCCUGCUGGCCGUGGGGCUGGCCCGCUACUGCCGGGCGCGGGGCCAGCGCGGCGGCUACGAGGCCGGCAAGAAGGACCGCGAGGACUUCUUCACCCCCCAGCCCCACGACAAGGCCAAGAAGCCCAAGAAGGAGCGCAAGGGCAAGAAGGGCGGCAAGCAGCCCCUCUACAGCAGCAUCGUCACCGUCGAGGCCUCCAAGCCCAACGGGCAGCGCUACGACGGCGUCCACGAGAAGCUCUCCGCCGACAGCCCGGCCCUCAGCCGCUACCGCUCCGUCAACGGCGGGCCCGCCAGCCCGGACCUGGCCCGCCACUACAAGUCCAGCUCGCCCCUGCCCACCGUCCAGCUCCACCCCCAGUCGCCCACCGCCGGCAAAAAGCACCAGGCCGUGCAGGAACUGCCCCCGGCCAACACCUUCGUGGGCGCGGGGGACAACAUCUCCAUCGGCUCCGACCACUGCUCCGAGUACAGCUGCCAGGCCGGCGGCAAGUACAGCAAGCAGCCGUUCCGUAGAGUGACGUUUUCAGUUGUGAGUCAGCCCCAAGACCCGCAUCAAGGGUCAUUGCAGAGUUGCUAUGACAGCGGUCUGGAGGAGUCAGAAACACCAAGCAGUAAGAGCUCUUCCGGGCCAAGGCUGGGUGCCCUUCCACUCCCAGAGGACAACUACGAAAGGACUACGCCGGAUGGCAGUGUUGGUGAGGCAGAGCAUAUGGAAAAUGAUUCAAGACCUUUACCAGAUGUAGCCCUGACUGGGAAGUGCACACGGGAAUGCGACGAGUACGGCCAUUCGGACUCUUGCUGGAUGCCAGUUCGCACUUCGCCCGAAAGGAAGCAGAAGAGCCAGCCAAAACUCUCUACUUUCAUGCCCGUCGAUGAACGGGGCAGUCAAGAGAAGCUGGCCAAUGGAGAAGCCUCCAUCAUGGGUGACCGCAACAGAAACCUCCUGAACAAAAAGUUGACCUCAUCCUAUGAGACCUUCAGUGCGGCUAGUUUCAGCAAAAACGAGGAAGCCAACCCAGAGGAUAUUCCCCUCACUCAGACCGGGGAAUACAAGCCAUCUCCUGUCAACACUUUAACUAGAAGGGAAGUUUACCUUUAGGCGACAAAGAAGCAACAAUGCGGUUCUCUCACGUGUAAGAAGGGAAAUUUUAAAAAAAGGCAAAAACCUAUCAAU